CCGCACUUAAGUGAAUACUGGAUGCAGCGUAACUUCACUAACAAACAUGAAACUGGACUAGCGUGAUGCUAAUUAGUGAUGUACUAGUUUAGGUGAGGUCCUCUCGGGAAGGCAGCGGACAUGGCUGCUGGCGUCUUACUCUUCGUUGCAGUGAAUUUCGCUUGUUUAUCUGUCAGUGGAAACUUGGUCUCUGGAGAAAGGUCAUUCUCUAUAGACUACAAAAACGACUGUUUCCUCAAAGAUGGGAAGCCUUUUCAGUACAUCUCAGGAAGUAUUCACUACGCCAGAAUCCCACGGUACUACUGGAAGGACCGCCUCGUAAAGAUGUACAUGACUGGACUCAAUGCUAUCCAAGUAUAUGUGCCCUGGAACUUCCAUGAAGCGGUACAAGGGGUCCACGACUUUACAGGGGACCGAGACUUGGGGCACUUUUUAGAUCUGGCCAAUCAGACAGGUCUUCUGGUCAUUCUGCGACCAGGACCGUACAUCUGUGCAGAGUGGGAAAUGGGUGGAUUGCCAGCGUGGCUACUUCAGAAACCAAACAUCAUACUUCGCUCAGCUGACGCAGAUUAUAUCCAAGCAGUCAGCAACUGGCUCGCUGUUCUUCUUUCCAAAAUUAAGCCUUGGCUGUAUAUCAAUGGGGGCAACAUCAUCACCGUCCAGGUAGAGCAUGACGUGGAGAAUGAAUAUGGAAGUUACUUUGCUUGUGACUACAACUACAUGCGUCACCUGCGGACUGUGUUCCGCCUCUUUCUGGGGGAAGACACUGUCUUGUUCACCACUGAUGGAAACACAGACAAGGAAAUGAUGUGCGGGACUCUGCAGGGAUUAUAUGCCACAGUGGACUUUGGCACAGACACCAACAUAACUCAAGCCUUCAGCCGGCAAAGACGGUUUGAACCUCGGGGGCCCCUGGUGAACUCUGAGUUCUACACCGGCUGGUUGGACCACUGGAGAGAUCCGCAUGCUGUGGUUGAUGCUCAGAAGGUCAGCAGAGUGCUAGAAGAAAUGCUAAUCAUGGGGGCCAACGUCAACAUGUACAUGUUUGAAGGAGGCACUAACUUUGGCUACUGGAAUGGUGCCGAUCGUGACACACGCUUCCGCUCAGUGGUGACGAGUUAUGAUUACGACGCCCCGCUGUCUGAGGCAGGAGACCCCACGGAGAAGCUGUUGGCCAUCAGAGAUGUCAUUAAGCAGUUUAGGGCUAUUCCCUCUGGCCCCAUGCCACCAGCAACUCCCAAGUUUGCCUAUGGCUUUGUGACCCUGAAAAAGGUUGACGACAUCAACGGUUUGUUGAACACGCUCUCGCCCCUCGGGCCGGUGAAAUCCCAGUACCCUCUGACGUUUGAAGAGAUGAAACAGUACUAUGGAUACAUGCUUUACCGGACCGCGUUGCCCCGGGACCUCCCGGAGCCUACGCCACUCAUCUCUCCACUGAAUGGGGUUCAUGACCGUGCAUAUGUGUCCGUCAAUGGGCUUUUCCAGGGUCUGUUGGAGAGAGACACUGUGCUGGUGAUGAACGUAACUGGACAGCAGGGGGACACUGUGGACAUCCUCGUUGAGAACAUGGGCAGGGUGAACUUUGGCAGCAAGAUCAACGACUACAAGGGCCUCUUGAGCAACUUGAUCCUGGGUAAAGAUGUACUGUCUGACUGGACGAUCUACCCUUUGGACAUUGAUGGCGCCAUCGCUGGAGGAUGGCCUCAUUCAGACAGUCUGAAGUCCUUCCCCGUCCCUCAGAAAGACCCAUCAGUUGGACCAGUCUUGUACAUGGGGACCUUAAAGCCCAACGGCCUGGCCUGGGACACCUUCCUCAAGCUCCAUGAAUGGACAAAGGGUCAGAUUUGGAUUAAUGGUAUGAAUCUGGGACGAUACUGGCCAGCAAGGGGCCCUCAACAGACUCUUUAUAUCCCUGGACCCCUGCUCAGCACAACCCUACCCAACAACAUCACCGUGCUCGAGCUGGAGAGGGCCCCAGCACACCUCCGGGUUCUUUUCAUGGACCGGCCUCAGCUCAAUGUCGUGGCUGAAAAGUCUUAAUGUAGCUCAGAAUUUUGGAGCACAACAUUUCCCCAACAUUCAGCUGAAAUAAUGUCCCAGGCCAAUAUCUGAGUAGAACAAGUUUGACUGAAGCCAAGUAGAAGCAGUCCUCUGAAAAAUUCACCCGACAUGAGAAGAUAUUCUUAUCAUAGCAAUCCAAUGUCAAUGGCUUUAAAAAAGCAGCCAAUUUGUUAAAUUGAUUAAAAGAUGUUUUUGUCUUCUAAAGGUUUAACACACCUGUGGCUUAAAUAACAACACAAUAUUAGUAGAUAUUUUUUUAUUGCUCAUACCAUUUCCAUUGUUGCAGAUACUGUGAAUAAAUACAUUUAAUAUGG